AUGGCCGCACACUCAUUUGAAACGCUAAAAAGAGAACAAGCGUUCUUGAAUCCACCAACAAAAGGGCACGUGAACCCAACAUUGGAUCGACUCGCUGCACCACACAUCGAGUCGUUCAACAGCCUAUUCGACGACAGUGGUCUCGACCGAGGAGACACAGAUGGACGAGGAUUAUUGUCAUUGGGACUGAAAGAGAUUGGAGAAAAAGUCGUUUUCAGCGGCAACCAAUCAUCUUCAGGAAAUUCUCGUGGAGCGAGGUUAGCUUUUUGGAUAGACCAGAUCGCGGUUGGGCGACCAAUGGUCCCCGAAAAAGAUCGACAUUCCAUAGAAAGGAGGAUAUAUCCUUCAGAGGCGCGAGAAAGGCUGGUUUCGUACAGAGGCCGCAUGACGGUGAGAAUCUGCUGGAGUGUCAAUGGUGGGCCAGAGAACAAUGAAACCAGGGACUGUGGGCUAUUACCGAUUAUGGUUCGCUCUGUACGAUGCAACUUGCGCGGACUCUCAUCUGCAGAGCUCAUCAAACGACAUGAAGAACCGGAGGAGUUUGGAGGAUACUUUAUCAUCAAUGGAAAUGAGAGGUUGAUACGCUACCUUAUUCUACCCCGACGGAAUCACGUCGUUGCACUCAUCCGACCAAGCUUUGUCAAUCGUGGUCCGUCCUACACGCCAUAUGCGGUUCAAAUACGCGGCGUACGUGCAGACCAGUCGAGUGUCACCAACAGCUUGCAUUACCUGUCGAACGGCAGCGCAACCUUUCGGUUCAGUUGGCGCAAGCAAGAAUAUGUCAUUCCAAUCAUGCUCAUUCUUAAGGCUCUAGUCGGUGCCUCAGAUCUCGAGAUCUUCGAAGCGGUCAUUAUGCAAGAUUAUCACAACACCUUCCUCACGGACCGCGUCGAACUCUUACUACGAAGCUUCAAAAAUCAUUACAGCCUCUAUACCGGCGCGCAGUGUCUCGACUAUCUCGGAGAGAAGUUUCGUGUAGUAUUGGGUCAGCCAGAGGAUAUGAGUAAUCGUGAAUUGGGAAUAUGGCUCAUCAGAAAGGUCGUCCUCGUCCAUUUGGACGACCCUCGCGACAAGUUUAGGAUGCUCAUUUUCAUGCUUCGCAAGCUCUAUGCACUUGUCUCUGGGCAAUGUUGCCCGGAUAACCCAGAUUCGCCACAACAUCAAGAAAUCCUACUUCCUGGAUCUCUCUACGGCAUGAUCAUCAAAGAGCGUCUGGAAGAAGCGUUGAACCAAGUUCGAAAUCAAAUUGCUCAAGAUGUUCGUAGAGAGGUCGCCGCAGUGGAUUUUUUCGACAGACGCUAUGUCAACAAGGUUCUACAAAAGGUCAGCUUUGACAUUGGGUCAAAGAUGGUCAACUUCUUGGCCACUGGCAAUCUGGUAUCUCCAACUGGUCUCGACUUACAGCAGGCUGCGGGCUUCACUAUUGUCGCGGAAAAACUGAACUGGUAUCGUUACAUCAGCCACUUCCGAUGUGUGCAUCGAGGCGCAUUCUUUGCCGAACUCAAGACAACAACUGUCCGUAAAUUGCUGCCAGAGUCAUGGGGAUUCAUUUGUCCCGUCCAUACGCCCGAUGGCUCCCCUUGUGGUCUUCUCAACCACCUCUCCCAUUCAUGCAGAAUCAUCACCAAUCCGAUCAAGGCUGCUCACCUCCCCACUAUCCUCGGUUCAUUAGGAAUGACACAAGCAUUUGCGCCUUCUGUUGACGGUAGCAAGAGCCUGUGCGUUCAGCUGGAUGGCAAGGUGGUUGGAUGGGCGACACCGAGCUUGGCAAAGCAUCUGGCUACGACGCUAAGAAUUCUCAAAACGGAAGGCAGGGAAAACGUUCCUCUAGACCUAGAAAUUGGCUUCGUGCCCGUCUCACAAGGCGGUCAAUACCCUGGCCUAUACCUUUUCACAUCUCGAGCACGCAUGAUGCGCCCAGUGCGCUAUCUCCCGAACGGCAGAGAUGACUCCAUAGGCUCUUUCGAACAAGUUUAUAUGGAUAUUGCAAUCAAACCGGAGGAGAUUGAUCCCACUAUUACCACUCACCUCGAAUUGGCACCCACAAAUUUUCUCUCCAUUCUUGCCAACCUGACCCCGUUCUCAGACUUUAACCAGUCACCUCGUAACAUCUACCAGUGCCAGAUGGGAAAGCAAAGCAUGGGAACGCCAUCGACCGCAAUCAAACACAGGACAGACAACAAGCUGUAUCGGCUUCAAAGCGGACAAACUCCAAUCGUUCGCCCUGCUUUGCACAACAAGUACGGCAUGGACGGAUUCCCAAAUGGUACAAAUGCAGUAGUGGCGGUUAUCUCCUACACUGGAUACGAUAUGGAAGAUGCCAUGAUCCUGAACAAGUCCUCGCAUGAGAGAGGAUUUGGCUAUGGCACUAUCUAUAAGUCGCUUAUCAUCGACUUGAAGGAGCAACGGGGUGCAGUGAAAUCUCAAACAGCGCCUGUUCUUCACUUUGGACUUGGGAAGCUUGCGAGUAACGAGGAAAUUCGCAAGACGAUCGACACUGACGGUUUGCCUUCUGUCGGAGUCAAGGUCAACCCUGGCGAUCCUAUCGCUGCGUACGAGGACGAUACUACGGGCAGAACAAGGAUAAUCAAAUACAAAGGAGACGAAUCUGGGUAUAUUGACACUGUACGGUUAAUAGGUGGCGACGCGGGAGACACAGAGUUACAAAAGAUACACGUCACCAUUCGUAUCACUCGUUCCCCCGUCAUCGGUGACAAGUUCUCAUCCAGGCACGGCCAAAAGGGUGUCUGCUCUCAAAAGUGGCCGUCAGUCGACAUGCCGUUCAGCGAGAGCGGAAUUCAACCAGAUGUUAUCAUCAAUCCACACGCAUUUCCCAGUCGAAUGACUAUCGGCAUGUUUGUGGAAAGUAUGGCGGGCAAAGCUGGUGCAAUGCACGGACUUGCUCAGGAUGCCACCCCAUUCCAAUUUUCCGAGGACGAUACUGCCAUCGAUUACUUUGGAAAGCAGCUCCUGGCGGCUGGCUAUAAUUACUACGGCAAUGAACCAAUGUACUCGGGAAUCACUGGUGAAGAAUUUGCGGCAGACAUCUAUCUAGGCGUCGUAUAUUACCAGAGGUUGCGACACAUGGUGUUGGACAAAUACCAAGUCCGUACCACCGGACCCGUAGACCCCGUCACGAGACAACCAGUCAAGGGCAGAAAACGCGCCGGUGGUAUUCGCUUUGGAGAGAUGGAACGUGAUGCGUUGAUUGCACAUGGAACGUCCUUCCUUCUCCAGGACAGACUGAUGAACUGUUCCGACUAUUCUACAGCAUGGGUCUGUCGAACGUGCGGAAGCCUCAUCUCCUUGGGUUACGAGGAUGUCAGCGUCGGUGGUGAACUCAUUGGCAGUUCAUCACAUUUUCCGACUGGUCCGUCGGGAGAAUACUGCCGCGUUUGUCGAGCGCUGGAAGAGUCGGAGGCGGAACGAGCCAGAACGUCCUUGGCUGAGGGUCGAUCCGAUACGGACCCCCGUGUCAGAACAGACUUGCGCGUUAGCCUCUCAUCCUCGAAUCUGUUGUCCCAACAGGGAAGCAGAGGGGAUAUGGACGUGAUCGCAAUCCCGUAUGUCUUUAGGUAUCUCUGCGCAGAGCUUGCGAGUAUGGGUAUUGCCGUGUCCCUGGAAGUAAAGUAG